AUGGGCGAGGCCUUCGCGAACGUCGCGGAGGACGCGGACGCGGCGUACGAUGACGUCGUCGAUGACGUCGUCGCGUCGAAACCGGACGCGGCCGCGAUCUUCGCGCGCGCGUCGAGGGCGUCCGACUCCGACGCGACGCCCGACGGCGCGAUUCAAUCGGGCGCGCUGAGGCUCGUCUUCGACGGCCUCGCGUCGCCCGGCGGAGGGAAGGCGGCGUCGUCCGCGGCGUCGUCCGCGACGGACCCGCUGCGCUGGGGCGCGGUCGCGGGGACGGAGGGCGCGGUCGGGGAGUGGAACGACGUCGACGACGGCGUCGUCGACGCGGACGCGUUCGCGGACGCCGCGGACGAUUUCGACGAUUUCGACGCCCGCGGCGCGAGACGUGCCGACGACGCCGACGCCCUCGACGACGCGCUGCCGCCGCCCGACAUCACGGAGACGACGUACGACGCCGACGCGCCGCCGGACGCGGACGCGAUCGACGCGUGGACCGCGCACGCGACGCGAACCCAGCGCGUCGACGCCGCGCGCGGGACGACCGCGACGGCGAGGGCGACGCGCGACGCGUCGAAAUCGAAGCGCGUCGCGCCGCCGCCGCGACGCCGCGGCGUCGCGCCGUGGACGCGCGCGACGCCGCAGCGGCUGAACGCCGCCGCGCGACGGCACCCGGGGUUGACGUUGAAGCAGCAGGCGCGGCUGCACGGCGAGGACGGGUUCGCGCGCGCGGUCUCCGCGAUCGACUUGGCCGUGCGCACGGCGCCGCCGGGGAGGAAGAGCGAAUGUUUUCUGCGCAGCGGCGCCGCCGCCGCCGGCGCGAAGGGCAAGAAGCACCCGGACGCGGACGUCAUACGGAAACUCUCGAGGGAGUUCGACGACCUCGUGGGCGACGACGCUGAAGAUGCUGACGUGGCUUCUGACGUGGCUACUGCCGACGUGUCGGGAUACGCUGACGUGGUGUCGGACGCGACGGAGACGGUCACGCGCGCGGUGCAAGUCUUCAACGCGCAGUUUAGCGUCGGCACCGCGCUGUUACGCGGCGGGUUCGACGACGCCGCGGUGUACAGGUUCCGGCUCGCGGCCGCGGCGGCACCGAAACCGCUGGCAUCCAUGCGAUUACUCGCGACCGCGAAAGAGGACGAGUUGAGAGGGAAAAUAGACGACGCCGACGCGGGGUUCAUCGCCGCGGAGCGCGCGGCGCGAUCGGAGCUCGAAACCGAGCUCGGCGCGCCGUGGGAAGACGUCGACGACGACGACUUGUAUCGAAAGGAGAGGCUCGCGAGGGGAGUUCGCGAUGCGAUUGCGAUUGCGAAUUCGAAUUCGAAUUCGACAGACGAUGGCGGCGGCGACGACGACGAGAAGGUCCACGCUGCGAAGCUCAGCUCCGCGCUCGCGGCGGCGGCGGCGGCGGCGCUGAGUCGCGCGCUCGCCGGCUGCGCGCGGUGCGAACGCUCGCGCGCGCGGCGCUCGCGCGCCGCGGAGCUCUUCGGCGCCGCCGCGCUCGUCUCGCCGAUGGACAGCCAUCUCCUUCACGAGCUCGCGCGGGAGCUGACGCACGUCGGCGACGUCGCCGGCGCGGAGGGCGCGCUGCGGUUCGCGUGCUCUCCCGACCCGGACGGCUUCCUCGACGCCUCCGUCGCCGCCUUCGCCGCGCGCGCGGACCUCCUCCUCGCGGCCCCCUUCGAGCUCCCACCCCCGGAGCUGAUCGCGGAUCUGAAGCGGGGCAUCGCGGCCGCGUUCGAGCCGCUGUCGAAAUCGGACGCGGACGUGACGAAUUGCGCGAGGGUCACGAGCGACGGCGUCGACGGGUUCGGACGGUACCCGGACGCGGGCAACGUGGACUUUCUCACGGAGGCGUCGAACGCGUGCCUGCGUCUCGCGUUGGCGACGUUACGUAUCCCAGCCGCCGCGGACCCGGGCGUCGAUUCGUAUUCCGAUCCGAAUCAGAAUCCCGCGUCCGGGUGGCACGCGUCGGUCGAGACGUGCGAGGAGGCGAUCAAGGCGUUCGAGAUGAUGCGGUGGCUGAACACGCACGUUCGGAUCGUUCAAAAGAAGCACAAAAAAGAAGCCGCAGCGCUGAGAGACGACGUCACGAAAAAGCACAGAAAAAAGCUGCUGAAGGCGAACUCGGCGCGGACGAAAGACCUUCUGUGGCGCGCGGAGAGCGGGAUCGAGUUCCUGGAGAAGGAGAUCAAGGCGAGUCGCGCGCGCGCCGCGAAGUCUGGCGGCGCCGCCGGCGUUUUCGUCGACGUUCGCAAGCUCUUCGCGAAGCUCGACGCGAAGACGUCUCCGGACGGAGAGGUGCCCGCGCGCGCGUACAUGUACCUCUCGAGUCGGCGCGACGAGGACGCGACCGCGGAGAAGACGCAUCCUACUAGUCCGAAUUCGCCACCGCCCGCGAAUCCCGGGGCGAACUUCGUCGCCGCGAUCGGCCUCGACGCGAGCGUCGCCUCCGCGCUCGGCGACGAGGCGGCGUCGCGGUUCCGCGCGAGGGUCAAGGUCAGCGCGCGCGGCGCCGUCGCCGGCGCGCUCGCGCUGCGCGCCAACCGUGUCGUCCUCGGCCACGGCGCGUUCACCGCGCGCGACGUCCUCGCGGCGGCGACGCGAGCCGCGGCGGCGGACGCGCCGCCGCCGCAUCGCGCGCGCGGUCGAUCGAACACCGCGCGCGCGAUGGUCGCCAACGCGGUCGCCGCCGCCGCGACGGAGGCGCGCGAUUUUUCCGCGUGGCCGCUCGCGCCCGUCUCCGCGCUGGAGCACGUCGUGUCCGAGCUCUUCGGCGAGGGCGAAGACGCGGAGAAGGAGAAGGAUGACGCGGGCCCCGAGGCGAUGGAAGACGCGGACGAGAUCGCGAUGGCGAGAGAGGAGGCGCGCGCGUUACAGAUGCUCGAGCUCGCGCACACGCACGCGCACACGAUCGCUCCGGCGCGGCUGCCUCUCGCGAAACCGCGCGCGGCGGCAGCGACGGCGCUCCUCGCGCGGACGGCGCUCGAAGCGUCGCGCGCGGAAGAAGAUGGCGCGUCGUCGUCGUCGUCGUCGACGACGACGACGGCGAAACCGACGUGGAGCCUCGGCGUGGUCGAUCUUCGACUCGCGCUCGCGACGCUCGCGUGCGUCGUCGGGGGCGACGGCGGCGCGGAGGACGCGUUGCGACGCGCGCACGAGGUGCUCUCGACGGAAAAGCGGCGUCGGAACGACGAGGGGGAUCGGACGGCGGCGGCGCGCGAGGGCGGAUCGGUCGACGACGACGACGCGUGGGGCGACGUCGGCGGCGACGACGACGACGUCGACGGCGACGGCGACGACGCGGAGGCGACGGCGACGGCGACGGCGCGGCGCCGCCGCGGCGGCGCCCCCGCGGCGCCGCCCGCCGGCUUGAUCUGGCGCGGCGACGCGACGCGACUGCUCCGCGCGCUCCGCGUCCUCGGCGACCGCCCGCUCGACGUCGCGAAUUCCGCCGCGACGCGGCAUCAAGAGGGGGGGUCCCAGGACGACGACGACGACGACGAAGACGGCGACGAGACCACCGCCGCCGGGGCCGCCGAGGAGGAGCUCGCCGUCGCCGGGGCGGAGGCGCUGACGCGGCGCGGGCUGACGGCGACGUCGCACGCGCCGAACGUCGGCGCGCGGCAUCUCCACGCUCUCGCGAGGCUCGACGCGUCCGCCGCCGCCGCCGCCGCCGCGGGGAAGAAGAAGAAGGAAGAGAAGAAGAAACGGCUGAAUGCCUGGCAUUUCUGCGCGGCGACGGGGGAGCGAAUCGACCCGGGCGCCGGUUUCGAGUGCGUCGCCGGCGUCGACGUCGACGACGCCGCGAUCGCGCCGGACGGGGACGGCGCGGUCGGUCUGUUCACGCUCGGCGCGCGCGCGUACGCGGAGGGGAACGUCCCGAGCGCGUACGCGGACGCGCGGCGGUUGGUGUUCAAGGAGUGGGCGUGA